AUGGCGACCGAAGGUGCAGCUGAUUCAGCCGCCCAGGGCAAGUUCGAGCCUCCCGUAGAGCCCGAUGAGAGCCUUGCGGCACAGAAUUGUAAUGCCCGAUCACCUCCAGCGCAAUCGUCGACACUGACUGAUGCAGAGACAGUACAGUCCGUGGCGCCGCCCGAAGCGAGUUUGGACGCCGUCGACGUUCUAAUCAAUGUCGAUCCUUCCAUCGGCUCCUCUGAGGUGUCCACCGUCUUACCGAUCAGCGCUGACACCGGAUUGGCGACGAUCGCUCCCGAGCUGUCCCAACACACUUUUGCAAAUGCCAACCUGCCCGACAUACCCGACGAGGUCCUCACACUACAAGCAGAUCAGUUUGCAGCGACUGCAGCACCAGUAGAACACUCAGAUUCAUCGACAGAAGCUGCCUUGGAUGCCAAUGUGGACGCCGAACACGCCGCCGACGAUUACCGCGCAGCUAUCAACGCACCUCUUCCAUCCAUGCUCAACAGCAAUGCCAUUCCGCUCGAAGAGGACGCGGCUGGCGACCUCUCUGCAUCGUCCAACGAGGCGCUCACGCUGACAUCCACCGUAUCGCGAGGCAACUACCACCAGUGCGGCUCCGCUCGGCGCGUCAAGGUGUACGAGCUCAAAGGAGAGACGUGGUUCGACAGGGGGACGGGUUAUUGCGCCGGUGUGUACGACGAGACUGUCGACGAAGCCCUUUUGGUCGCACGGAGGGAAGAAAGGUGCCAGUUUCUCGAGGGUAUCGACGUUCCGACCGAGGCGGACGUCGACGAAAACGGGCCAAUACUGGGCGCUGCUGGUGCUGAAGACGAUGCGGCCGGAACGACCCCAAAGGCGCCGGCGACGCAAGCGCAACCGUGCCAGUUUGUCGUCGUCGUCAGCGAGAAUCUCGAAUCCGAAGACAUCUUGCUUGCAAGCAAGGUCGUCAAGGAGGAAGUCUACCAACGCCAACAAGACACGCUCGUCGUGUGGACAGAACCAACCGGCGUCGACAUGGCACUCAGCUUCCAGGAAGCGGAGGGCUGCAACGAGGUCUGGGAAUUCCUCACCGAGGUCCAGAAACAUUUCAUGGGUCUCGCCGAGGAGGCACUCACCGAUUCGCCACCAACAACGCCCAAUCCUCACUCACCCGUCGGGGUGCUCGGCAUGUCAGCGUCAGGCUCGGGUCUCGAGCCUCUUCUCAAUCUCAUGGGUGAUUACAAAGGAUUGCCCGACCCGAGUCUCGCCAAUCUCGAAAAGAUCGAUGCCAUGCUCAAGGACACGACCGCGCGCGGUCCCAUGAUGCGGGAAAAGCUCACCGCUUGGCUCAUGGAGUCGCACUACAUCAGGAAGCUCGUCCCCUUCUUCCACAGCGUCGAGGAGCUAGAGGCACUGCCGUCGUUGCACAUGCUUUGCACAAUCAUGCAGACUCUUCUCUUGCUCAACGACAGCUUUCUUUUCGAAUACAUCUUGCAGGACGACGUCUUUUUGGGCGUCGUGGGCAUGCUCGAGUACGACCCCGAGUUUCCGCGCUUGAAGGCCAACUAUCGUGACCAUCUCACGCAGCGCGCACGCUUCAAGCAGGUGGUCGACAUCGGCGAUCCGAUGAUCGUGGCCAAGAUCCACCAAACCUACCGUCUCCUUUACCUCCGCGACGUCAUCCUUGCCCGCGUCGUGGACGAUCCCACCGUCUCGAUCCUCAACUCGUUCAUCUUCUUCCACCAGAACGACAUUGUCAACUACUGCUGCCAGAAUGACGUCUUCCUCGGCGAGCUGUUCCGCAUGCUCAUGAGUCCAGACGAGCCCGAAGAGAGGCGAUCCGAGGGCGUGCUCUUCCUACAGCAGCUCUGCGCCAUGGGCAAGCUCAUCCAGCUGCCUGCCCGCAUCUCGCUCUACCGCACCCUCACCGACUGGGGUCUUCUCAACGUCCUCCAGUACGCGCUCGAGCGUCUAGGGCAAACUGCACGCAACGCCGCAGCCGAAAUCCUUAUGACUAUCAUCGAGUAUGACGCCAACAGCGUCCGCGCCCACGUGGUAUCGCAGGUCGAUUCAAAUACACAUUCGCUGAUCAGCAUGAUGAUUGACAUGUUGCAGAACGAGCGCGACCCGGGUCUCAAGACGCAGAUCGCCGAAGCCAUGCGCAUCAUCUUUGAUGUCGCCUCCGACGGCGGUCCAUUGGCGACGCAAGCGCAGGUGCUAUCUGUGCAGGGGUUCAACAAGGCGAAAGCGGAUCCGGACCGCUUCUUGACGUGGAUCUACGAAGCCGAGAUCGGCCGACUCUGUUCGCCGUUCAACACGCUUCCCGACUUCCGCGUGCUAUCCAAAGGCGAGAAGCUGCCUUCGCACCCUCGGCAUCGUUCAGCCCUCUACGGACACCUUUGUGAUCUGCUCUGCCACAUGAUCGCCCACCAUUCCUUCAGGAGCCAGUACUUUGUGCUCACCUCCGAAAUCUCGAAAAAGGUCGGCUCGUUGCUGCAUUCACGCGAGAAGUUCCUCCGUCUAUCGGCGCUUCGCUUCUUCAAGUACUGCUUGGCGAGCAACAACCAGUUCACCAACCGUCACUUUGUCAAGAUCGAGCUUUUCUCCACCAUUCUCGGGCUCAUCGAAGCGGAAGGCGAUCGCAACAAUCUGGUCUCCUCCGCAUGCCUUGAUUUCUUCGAGCACAUGCGAAGAGAAAACAUGAAGGGGCUCAUCAGCCACUGCAUGGAUCGGCACGGAGCACGCAUGCGUCGGCUUGCGGAAUCGUCAUACGCCGCUCCCUGCUUCUCCCUGUUGGUAGGUCAGUGGGAGAAGAAUCAAGAGCCGCUUCCCCAGCAAGAGUCCAGUGAUUCCGCGCCACGAUCUGGUGACAUGGAGGACAAGUCUCGACAGCAGACAGAGGCUGGACGCGGUCAGGUCGGCUUGGCGACGGCGGAUGCGGAGGAGGAGAGCUACUUCCAGGGCGAAGAUGAUGAGAAGGAAGGCGAGGGACGCAACAAGCGCAGCGCGAUUGGUCUGGUUCCUUACGACGAAGAUGAGGACAACGAGGACAUAAGCGAGGAAACUUCGAUCGCUCAGGUCGGCGGGAAGAAGGGAGCAUCAGCAGGCUCAUCGCCAAGCCCGUCGCCUUCCAGGGUGCCAGAGAAGCGAAGGAGAUUGGAGGAGGACGACGAAGCCGACGAUCAGCUCUCACGUCUGUCGAAGCGAAAGCCCGGCCGCACGCCCAAAGGCAAAGGCAAGACUUCAGCUCAGGCACGCUCGCCGCCAGGUGAAGACGACUCGAGCUCUAGCACGCCAGCUCCCGGUGGCUUUAUCCGCAGCGUGGCCAACUCGAUCAGCAAUACAUUCGGUGGUGGCGAUAAACGCGAGGGCUCUCGGUCGCCCUCGCCGAAAAGAGCGAAAGCUUCUCGCGCAGAUGAAGCCACCUCGUCGCCCAGGAGAGAUUCCGGCAGCAGCUCGCCGAGGUCUGCUUCUUCCGCCUCCUCUCCUGCUGGAAAGGAUGCCGGCAAGAAUGGGUCGAGCAGUGGGACCCUCGGCAUCAAGCGAAUCUCGUUGGGUCUCACUAGCACCUCCAAAAAGAUGGCAGCGCAGUCCAAUGUUCGCUCGACCGACAAGUCGGAAGCUGAGGACUCUUGA